UGAAUUACCGCACCUUAGACUUCAUGAAGAAAGUUCGGACGCUAUAGCCACUCAUAAGGUAGAAGACAAUGCGAGAGAUGAAAGUGGCGCUCAUCAGUCGGAAAUCGUUCCCGGCGCAUCUGCAGGAUCAAAAACCAGGUUAUCUUCUGCAAUUAAAAAACGAAUUAUUCGUCAACUGGACCCUGCACACAAGAUCAUUCCAACAGUCAAGAAAUCAUUUCCAUGUUCUGAUUGCGGGAAAUCUUUUAAUCAGCAAGCAAACCUGAUUAUCCAUCAAAAAGCUCAUAAGAGCAAUAAAUCGUUUAUGUGUUCGGAGUGUGGGAAAUCUUUUAGCAAGCGAAAAUUCCUGAUUAAUCACCAGAUCACUCAUACUGGCCAGCGGCCCUUCUUGUGUACUAUAUGCGGGAAGCGUUUUUUCUUCAAAUCAGUGCUUGUAUCACACAUAAAAAUUCAUUCAGGAGAGAAACCAUUUACAUGCUCUGAAUGCGGGAAAAGUUUUAACCGGAGAUCCAAUCUUUAUUCGCAUCAGAGAAAUCAUAAAGGAGAGAAGCCAUUCUUAUGUUCGGUGUGUGGCAGGUGUUUCACCCAGAAAACAACCCUUGUCAAACAUCAGACUGUUCAUACAGGAGAGAAACCGUUCUCUUGUAACCAAUGUGACAAACGCUUUGCUCGGCGCCAUCACCUUCUUGUGCAUGAGAAAAUUCAUAGCAGACCGCAAACUUUUUCUUGCACGGACUGUGGGAAAAAUUUUAAACGUCAGUCAAACCUUACUGCACACCUGAAACAUCCUCAUCAUAACAGCGAAAAUCCAUUGUCAUGUACAGAGUGUGGAAAGCAUUUCACAGUAAAAGCCAACCUUACAAAACAUAUGAAAAUUCAUACGGGCGAACGACCAUAUAAGUGUACCCAGUGUGACAAAAAAUUUGGCCGGCGAUCGCACCUUGUCACACAUCUGAAAGUUCACGCAUCACCAAAGCUCAUUCCAAUUCCCUGUCCUCCAGUAGGGAAGUUAGUUUUUCAACAAGUCCAGGUGAAAGGCGAAUCAUAGUCUAGUAUGAAAAUGCUUGAAUUUAUGAUUAUUUAACAAAUUAUUAAACCAGGGAAAAUCUAGGAGCCAGCCCAAACAUUUAGGAGCCAGAAACUUCAGGCCAUCAAUGUCCUAAAGUUUCUGGCUUCUAAAUGUAUGGGCUGGCUUCUAGAUAUAUAUGGGCUGGCUCAUAUACACACCUUUAAAUUUCCACUAGUCAUUGAAGAGUAAGAAAUUACAGCAGGCGAAUAAAAAUAAUAAUAAUAAUCUGACACUGUCCUAUCUUUAACACUUGAGUGGAAUAGUAACAUUUGGAUUUCACAGCUACCAGGCCUAGAAAGGAUCCAGCCCUCACCAAGCUGGUGGCGACCUGUGGAUGGAAGUGGGGGUGCCCAUAGGUGUCUUGGAUACUCCCUGGCGCCUUGAUUUGUUGAGCCCAGUUGUAAACUGUUUAACCCUCUCCCCUUACAAAGGAGUUAAAGCUUGUAGGCCAGACUUCACUCUCCCUUUGUUCCUAAGCAGGACAUUACUGAAGAUUGUUAGCUACAUGUGUGUGCCACUCCCAGUUGGCUCACUGGAGUGGCAAUGUAUCGUGGCUCCUCGGCAUCACUUAACCAAUCUGUUCAACCCCUGCAGAGAUGUUUAAUAUUAAAAUUCUCUAACAAACGAUUUAUAUGAAAGACUUGAAAAAUUGUUUAGCCUACAACAAUAGACAUUAUUACAAGAGGAACAACUAUUUUUAUAUUUUGAAUACAGGAAAUAUUUUUCCCUGCAAUGUAUCCUUGUUAAUUAUGGGCGAGAAACCAGGUAUGAUUUGCAAAUGUUAUAUACUAAAUGUUAAAUAGUUAAUGCUAUAUUGUUAAUAUUAUAUGGUUAAGCUUAAAGGAACCCAGCCAUUAUAGAAUACGGAUUUGUUUGUAUACAGUUACUGCAGCUUCUAUGGGAUGCCUCAGUUGUUAUGACGUGUUCUCAGGUCACACAAUGUCAUCGUAAAGAGUUUAUCUGGGCAUCUGCUCUGCUGUUUGUGCUUUUGUUACUGUAAUUAAGGGCUUGUCAAAUACUAGGCUCCAUGACCUGUACGUGUGGUGGAUUAAUCAUCUUAUGCUUUGUAUACAAAUAAAUUUGUCUGGUUCCUAGG